AAAAAAAAUUAAAAAACCAAAAACAACCUGCAAAGUUGUUCUUCACAGUUCACACGUGCAAAAUUAUAUUUAUUUAAGUAUUGAUUGAUUUGCCCAUUCCUUUAAACAAAAUGCAAAAAAUGAAACGCAUAAUAUCUACAGAAAGCGAUGCUUCGCCGCCGAAGAAAAAGAAAGUGCAGUUAAAUACUGCCAAAGAUGAGCCGGCUAAGGAAAAAGCUGAGAAAGUGCAAAAACCUUUUAAUAAACCAAAAAAAGAUUUCAAAAAGGGAGGUAAGGCACCUUUCAAUAAGCCUGGGUUUAAAGGUAAAAACGACAGUUCGAAAGGUAAUAAUAAAUUAUCCAAAAAUCAAGAACCUGGCGAAAAACCUAAAUGGUCGGAAAUGAAAAAAGAAAAAAAGAAUUUGAGGCUAGAGCGGCGCAAAGCGAAGGCUACUGCUGAAAUUUUUGAGAUCUCUCACAAAGCGAAGUUAUUAGCAGCACAGAUUCAAAGAAAAGUAAUUAAACCAGACUUCAAAAUCACAGCUUGUAAAGAACUACAUUCUCUAGUCAAAGGCCAAUAUAAAUCAAUAGCUCUGACUCACGACCUGAGCAGAGUCAUCCAAGUUCUACUCAAACACAGUUCUGAGGACAUCAAGAAUGAGAUCACCGAAGAAUUGAUGGAAAUCAUGGUACCAAUGAUGCAAUCAAAGUAUGCACACCAUUCUGUGAAACGUAUCUUGAAGUACGGCACUAACUUUAUCAGGCAUGAAGUUAUAAAGAAAUUCUUCGGACACAUUGUGUCCUUAGCUACUCAUAAUAUAAGCGCACCUGUGUUAGAUUAUGCAUAUGGAGAGUUUGCAACUAAGAAAGAGAAACUACAUAUGCAGCAAGAGUUUUAUGGAGAUAUGUAUAAGAAUACAAAGGACGACAAGGUAAAGACGCUCAGUGACACCUACAAAGACAGCCCUGAAAUGAAAUCGGCAAUCUUACAGUCGUGUAAAGCGAAUAUACAACGUAUUUUGGAUAAAAAUUUACAUGAUGGAGAACUAUUCCACUCAGUACUUUAUGACUACAUGAGGGAGUGCAGUGCGGAGGACACGGUUGAACUGAUCUCGGCUCUCAGCCCAUUGAUUGUGCCUCUCAGCAACUCUCUGCCAGGAGUCAAUGCUGCUUGCAUCUGUGUGUGGCAAGGGACUAAUAAGGACAAAAAGGCCAUAUUAAAAGUGGUGAAGGAGCAUGUAGUGCCCCUGAGCAAACACAAGACGGGCUACCGACUGUUGCUUGCUAUCUUUGACUCCGUUGAUGACACAGUGCUUGUCAAGAAAACCAUCGUCUCCACACUGGCGAGCAACAUACAGGAUGUCGCGAGCGACCAGCGAGGUUUAAUGACCUUACACUGGCUUAUGAAGCCCAAAGAUUCGGCCAUCUUUCACCCCGGCAUCACAUCGUUCUUAGAGGAAGGCUUCAAGAGUGGGACGUCCAAGAAGGAUCCAGAACUGAGAGUGUCAGAACUCAGAGAGGCAAUACUGCCGGCACUAAAGAGUAGUAUUGAAGAAAAUCCUAAAUUCUGGAUUGAGAAGACUAGGAUGCCUUUAGUAGUUGCUGUGCUCUCUAUUGAAACAUCAAAAUCUCUCGUACAAUCAUUAGCGACAGUGAUAGGCGAUCCAAACUGGGUGCUGCAACUGCCUAACAAAGACACCACAGUUCUUGCCAUAGAGGACGCCGGGAUCCACAUGUCGCUGAAGAAACUCGCUGCUUUGGACAAGACUGCCACAGACUCGCUCGGCGAAGCGAUUUGUGACUACAUUUCUGAUGAAACUUUACAAGCCUGGCUAUCAACAAAUAGAGGCUGUUUCUUCGUUCUGCAGCUAAUCGAAAACAAUAAUGUCGAUAUUGGCUGCAAACUCAAGAAGAAAAUAAAACCGCACGAAAAUAUCUUAAAACAGAAAACAGUGGAAGGAGCUAAACUGUUGUUACAAUGUAUUCAGAAAUAAAAGAAUUUUAUGUUAUGAAA